AUGAACAAGUUCUGCGCCUGGCGGCGGUUUCCCACCCGUGGGCGCGUGCCAGGCCAGCUCCGGGCCUCCCCAGCCUGGCGUUUCGGGCGGACGCGUUUGCUCUUCCUCGCCGCUCUCCAAAGCUCCCAGACACAAAGUCCUCCUAAAUGCGGCGUUAACGCUUGCCGUGAAGUCAACAAACUCCCCACAUGGUGGCUCCCUUUACUAAAGCUGAGUGGUGAACUUGUACAAGGAGUCUUGGAAAUUUUCAACUAUUUCUAUAGAUUGAACUCAUUUCAGAAUUCGCGUGGGAGGCAAGAGCAGAUAUUGACAAAGAGGGCUCUCCUAAAACCAUGUUCAGAUAGAUUUUUGCUAACUGCACAUAUAAAUACGAGCAGAGGGCCGGUCACCUCUGUAACCAUCAGCAGCAGCAGAAGAAGCCACAGCUUCAGACGCAACUUGCCUCCUCCUCUCUCAUCCUUCUACCUCUAUCUCUCGCCCCCUUCUGUCGCUGUCACGCUGCCUCCUAGUUCUGUGCGUUUGCAAACUUUUGAACAGAAUACUGGCCUCAGCAAACAAGUCCUCCAGCUCCUCCUGCUCGUUCCUUCGCCUUCUCCUCAGACACCGACGCCAGACGGUGAUGCCUCUCGGGUUGCGAUUCUAGCACAGAAACGGAGGACCCUUUGCCCGCCGUCCUACUUGGCAGCAAACCCUCUCCUCGCAGCGGUAAGAGUUGAAUGAAUGACCAUGUGUAGCGGAGCGAGCCUGGCCUUGCUGGUCUACGGGAUAAUAAUGCACAGCAGCGUCUACUGCUCACCUGCCGCCGCCGGACUGCAGUUCCCCGGGAUCAGGCCGGAGGACGAGGUAUAUGACGAGGACGGAAACCUGCUGCAAGACUUCUACGAUUCCGACCCGCCCGGCGUAAGGAGCCCCGCCUCCGCGCUGCACGACGCAUCCGUGCUCUACUACCCUGCGGAGAAGAGAGAUGUCGCCCGAGGGAUCCUUAACAAGGCCUACCGAAAAGUGCUGGACCAGCUGUCUGCCAGGAAGUACCUGCAGUCGCUCUUGGCCAAGGACCUGGGUGGGAACAGAGGCGGCGGUGCAGACGACGACUCAGAGCCGCUUUCCAAGCGCCACUCGGACGGAAUCUUCACGGACAGCUACAGCCGUUACCGGAAACAAAUGGCUGUCAAGAAAUACUUGGCGGCCGUCUUAGGGAAAAGGUAUAAACAAAGAGUUAAAAACAAAGGACGCCGAAUAGCGUAUUUGUAGCGGUGAGUUACCAGCUACUCUGUGUAUACAUCCCUAACUAACACAAUGAAAAGUCAUUUUCCAAACUGACCGAACAGUCAUCGCUCAUGUAUUCUAUUCAAACGUGUUUAUGU